AUGGCUAAGGUUUCUCUGUAUCACCACACCCUGGAGGACCUGUAUCACCACACCCCGGAGGGCCUGUAUCACCACACCCCGGAGGGCCUGUAUCACCACACCCUGGAGGGCCUGUAUCACCACACCCUGGAGGGCCUGCAUCACCACACCCUGGAGGGUCUGCAUCACCACACCCCGGAGGGCCUGUAUCACCACACCCUGGAGGGCCUGCAUCACCACAUCCUGGAGGGUCUGUAUCACCACACCCUGGAGGACCUGUAUCACCACACCCUGGAGGACCUGUAUCACCACACCCUGGAGGGCCUGUAUCACCACACCCUGGAGGACCUGUAUCACCACACCCUGGAGGACCUGUAUCACCACACCCUGGAGGACCUGUAUCACCACACCCUGGAGGACCUGUAUCACCACACCCUGGAGGACCUGUAUCACCACACCCUGGAAGACCUGUAUCACCACACCCUGGAGGACCUGUAUCACCACACCCUGGAGGGCCUGUAUCACCACACCCUGGAGGACCUGUAUCACCACACCCUGGAGGACCUGUAUCACCACACCCUGGAGGACCUGUAUCACCACACCCUGGAGGACCUGUAUCACCACACCCUGGAGGACCUGUAUCACCACACCCUGGAAGACCUGUAUCACCACACCCUGGAGGACCUGUAUCACCACACCCUGGAGGACCUGUAUCACCACACCCUGGAGGACCUGUAUCACCACACCCUGGAGGACCUGUAUCACCACACCCUGGAAGACCUGUAUCACCACACCCUGGAGGACCUGUAUCACCACACCCUGGAGGACCUGUAUCACCACACCCUGGAGGACCUGUAUCACCACACCCUGGAGGACCUGUAUCACCACACCCUGGAGGACCUGUAUCACCACACCCUGGAGGACCUGUAUCACCACACCCUGGAGGACCUGUAUCACCACAUAUCAAAAUACUGUGCAGCAUGGUUCCAUCCAGUCCUCGGGACAUGA